UCAAAGAUAAACCCAUUCUUUAUUUUAAUUUCCUGUAUCAGUAAAUUUCAAUUUGUGCUUCAGAUUUCAUUGCAAUAUUUAUAUGAAGGUGGAAACAUUUUGUUCUAGCAAACAAUACAUAUAAACAAUGUUUUUUUGUGCAAUUUCGGAACUUAAAAUGAAACGCAUUUUUAUCUUGGUGAUAACGAACGCGUUAAUUUGGAACCUAUUUCUCUUAGACGUUUUCCAUGCCGCUUCCAUUGAAACCACUGGCGUUCAAACUUCAAACAGCGAUGCAAAGAUCAAUGACUAUCCAGUUCCGUAUACAAACAUUCACAAGAGAAGCAGUACCGCAUUUAAAAGACUUCCGGGGUGGACAGUGUAUUAUGGAAAACGAUCAUAUGACUCAUCACCUAUUGAUGCAAUGGACGAAGUGCGAGAAAAUACUGAGCGUGAAAUGAACGUUUUUAAUGAAAAGACCAACUCAAAAGAAUCGGAGGAAAAUGAAAUGGGUUUUGCAGAUCUUGAUACACAUCCAAAGAUGGACCACGAAAUUAUGAAUUCAGACAUAAAAGGUAAUCUAAAACGUCUUCAAAAUUGGUCGACUACGUAUGGGAAAGAUGACUUGUCUGAGGAAGCAGAUUUUCAACAUGGAGAUGACACUACACAAACUGUCGAGAGACAAUUGUGGCCAUACAAUAUCAAGGGCGAUUCAACUUCGCAAGCUGUUAAUAAAAUAGCGUCGCAGUCAGAGGCGACAUACGGUGAACAAGAAUCAACGGAUGAAAAUAACGAAAACAGCGGCAAUCAAUGGGGAAUAACAUAUGGGAAGCGACUUGCAGGAUGGGGUGCGACCUAUGGAAAGAGAGCGCCGGGCUGGGGUGCAACAUACGGCAAAAGAGCCCCCGGAUGGGGCGCUACCUACGGAAAGAAGACCUCUGGAUGGGGUGCAACUUAUGGCAAACGUGUACCAGGGUGGCGAGCAACAUACGGCAAAAGAGCCCCCGGUUGGAGCGCUACAUACGGCAAAAGAGACCCCGGUUGGGGCGCUACAUACGGCAAAAGAGCCCCCGGUUGGGGAGCUACCUACGGCAAAAGAGCCCCCGGUUGGGGCGCUACCUACGGCAAAAGAGCCCCCGGUUGGGGCGCUACCUACGGCAAAAGAGCUCCCGCAUGGGAUGCAACGUACGGCAAAAGAGCCCCCGGUUGGGGUGCUACCUACGGCAAAAGAGCCCCCGGUUGGGGCGCUACCUACGGCAAAAGGGUGCCUGGAUGGCGCGCUACCUAUGGCAAGCGUUCUAAAGCCUGGAAUGCUUUCAAUGGCAAACGAACGCCAGGAUGGUAUGCGACGUAUGGAAAAAGAUACAUGGAAUACAAAGGCAUGGAACCAAUCAAUCUUAAUGACGCAAACGGAGAGAGUCAAGAGGAGAACAUGCAAACUUUGAAACGAACACAGGGCUGGAGUGCUUUGUAUGGGAGAUGAAACAUACAAUCAAUAAUAAACGCAUAGAAAUAUGAAGUCGGGUGAAGUGUGUUACUGAGGUAUUACUCAUCAAAUAAUUACAAAUUAAAUAUCAUUUAUAUUCAUAAUAACACUUUUAUAACGUUUUCAAACUGCAUUAUUUAUAAAUAUUGACAGCAGAUACACUUGCAUAUUAUUUCAAAGGGAAUUUACAACAAAAAACUCUAUACAAUUCUAAUAUAAUAUUGUACGUUUGUUAGAAAUUGUAUAUGCAACAUUGACUUCUGUUAUUUCGCUAGAUAAUUGAUGUAUGAUAUUCCUUUUA